CAGCAGGUGAGUGAAGUGAGACCUCGGUUCUCAGAGUGAGAUAGGCACUUUAAUUGUUGCUUGUGUUUUUUGAGAUAUUCGCAGGUGAUUCGCAGUUAUUUCUCUACUCGUGAAUAAGUUUAACUCCUACCCAUGUUAAAAUAAUUUCAAUAAAAUAUACUGACUAGGGAUUGCAGUCAAUCAGUGUUAACUAAAUCUUUAUUUGUGUACAAUGGAGCAUAAAUUAGUAGAUGAUAUUUCGAGCACCUUGAGGGAAAGAGUAUUUUUCGCAGCAAGAGAUGGAAUGUCUUUGACUCUUUACGCCUUGUUAUAUGAGAAGACAACAGAUGAUAUCGACGAACUACUCAACGGCGAUGUAUGUUGUGAUGGAGUGAAAUGUACACCCCUGAUCGCUGCGGCCCGUCAUGGUCGAGAAGGAGCCGUAAGAAUCUUAUUGGAUAAAUUCAGACCUCCAGUAAGAUUGGAAACUGAAGGCACAGUCAAGUUUGAUGAAUAUGUCAUUGAAGGUGCCACAGCAUUAUGGUGCGCAGCCGGCGCUGGACACUUGGGCAUAGUAAAGAGAUUGGUCCGCGCCGGAGCCAACGUAAACCACGCCACGAGGACCCUGAGCACCCCCCUCCGAGCAGCCUGCUUCGACGGCCGCCUGGACGUCGUCAAGUUCUUAGUCAGGCAUGGCGCCGAUAUUCACAAGGCGAAUAAAUACAACAACACAUGCCUCAUGAUAGCCUCGUACAAAGGACACUUGGAUGUGGUCCAGUUUUUACUGGAGAGUGGCGCACGCGUCGACGAGCGUGCACUCUGUGGGGCCACAGCAUUGCAUUUCGCAGCAGAAUGUGGUCACGCGGCUGUGGUCUGCGCAUUACUGGAGAGAAACGCGCACAUACUGACCAACGAGAAUGGCAUGACACCACUACAAUGCGCUGCGGAACGCGCGCGCGCAUCCGUGGUGGAAAUCCUCGCAGCCCGACCGGAAGUGACCCGCGCGCAGGCGGUCGAAGCAUUCGAACUGCUGGGCGCCUCCUUCGCCAACGACAAGGAGUAUUAUUGCUUGAGAAUGGCGUAUCAGUACCUACACCGGGCGAUGACGAUGCGGUAUGACACACGCUACGGUCAGUUGCUGAAGAAACCGGCCGAUCCUAUCGCGGCGUACGACAAUUGGAAAGAGAGCACUACUUUGGAGGAGGUGGAGCGUCUGUCGGGCGACGCGCACGCGCUGCACAUGGAGGGGCUGACUGUUCGCGAGCGAGUAUUGGGUCGCGAGUGCCCCGAUCUGCCGCACCCUGUGGUGUUCCGAGGCGCUGUGUUCGCGGAUGAAGCGAGAUUCGACCGCUGCUUGCAACUGUGGCGGCAUGCGUUGCUACUACGGCAGCAUAAUGCGGUGUCCGUUGUAAAGGAUUUGCUCAGGUUCGCUCAAGUUUUCUCACAGAUGAUACACAUUGGAAUAGAACUACCGCUUGCUCAGGUUUGCUACGUAUUGGAGGCUUGUGUGGAAGAGUUGAAAAGAGGUACACAGAGACUGGAAAAACCACAAUCAAACCACGACCCGGAUGCUUUAUUAAGCUUGGCUCGCACAUUUUGCUUCCAGGAGGAAUACGAGAGUAACAUACGCACCGCCCUAUAUCUGGUCGCAGUCGCCGCUAGAUUGUUGGAAAACCCCGAUAACAGUGAGGAGACGACAUGUUCAGUGAGAAGAGCCGUGUUCAGAUUGAGAAACGUCCGCCUCAGAUGCGGCCAGACGCUGCUGCAUCUCGCCGCCGACCGUCGCACGCCCGUCGACGACUUCCACACCAGCGACGUGUGCCAGUUCCCUUGUAUGAGGACGACGCGGUUACUUCUAGAGUGCGGCCUCGACGUAGACGCAUCCGAUGACACGAGACGGACGGCUCUGCACGUUGCCCUAAUAUCGUACCAGUUAAUACCAGACGAGAGAGAACAGUGGAGCGAAUCUCUAUGCGCCGUAGUAUGCGAGUUGCUGUCACACGGAGCCCACGUUGACGCCAUGGAUGCGGACGGAAUCACGCCGCUAGUGGCCGCCAUAGGAGGGCCCGCAGAGAGUUUAGUCCGAGGCGCGAUAAGGCCACGUUUGACAUGUUUAGCCGCCGCAGCGAUGGCCAUGAAUGGCGUAAGAUACCGCCCCGUGUCAGUACCCAGAGAUCUACACGGAUUUCUACGAAUGCACGGGGUUGCGCCCCAGUAACACCCAUAUCUAAUCUAAACACAAAGCCAAUGAUGCAAAGAAAUGGUAGAAAAUAAUAUCGACCCAUCUCAAGAAACAGACUGGACAAAUAAUGUUAUUGUUUUAUUCUAGCGAAUUACUUUAGAUAUAUUAAGAAAAAUAAAAAGUCAAAAUGUUUAUAUAAAAAUACUAGAUAGUAAGAUUUAUUUCUUAAAGUCACAAAGAUGUGCCCGCUUACUUGAUUGUCAAAUUAACCGCUUUUAUUCUUAUAAUCGCGAAAAGUUGAAUUACUGUUUCAAUUGUACGUUUUGUCAAUUUCUUAGUGUUACGAAUUCUUUUAAAGGAUGUUUAAGACAGAGAAAUUGUAGUGGAACAGGUUGAUUAGACUUUUCGUGGUGUUCUAAUAAUAAUGCAGAUACAAAUAUAUAGGUAUAACCGAUACAAGAUAGUAUUUCAUCAAAGUCUUUCUUGACGCUCAUACAGCAUUAAAUAAUUGAUUUUGCUAAGCAAAAUUAGGAAGUAUGUACUCAGACUCUAAAAGAUCAUAAUAAAACGGCAGGUGACAAUAAUCUAAAACUAAAAUAGAGAGCAUUGUAAAAGUAAUAAUUAAUAUCUAAAAAUAAUUAAAAAAUAUUUUUUUUGGUGUGAGUUUUGAAAAUCGAUGGCACAAAAAAUGGGCACUGAACAUGCAGCUUUAUAUAAAAAUAUCAUAAUAAUUUAAGAUAUCGUAGUUACUAGCGCAAGUAAAAUAUUAUAUGAUCCAAGGCUUUCAAAGAACUUUAAUAUUAACAAAGUUGACAUAAACUACAGCUAUUUCAAAGUAUUUUUAAACACUACUUUAAUUAAUAAUAAUACACAGACGCGUGCCAUAGGCUUAUAAUAUUCAAAUUUAUCGAAAUUAUAAAUAAUGCUCUACUUAUGAUAUUAGAAGUGCAAUAUUAGUUAAGUCUGGUAAAACUGAAAGUAUAUAUACUCAAAGGGGGUUUGAGACCUAUGUUUGUUAAUAUACAGACCUAAUACGCUAGCAAAUAUGUUUUAUAACGAUCAUGUUUGGACGAAAGAAAGAAGAUGUAUUAUUUAUUUACUUCCACAAAUAACUUUUUUUUCCUAAACGUUUUCUGACUUGGGCUAUUUCUCUAAAAUGGAAUUUGAAAUAGCUUGCUAUAAAAAAUUUAAGCUGUUACAAAAGUCAAAAGUAUACAGUUUGUAUAGAACACAGGGUUGGAUUGUGUUCAAACAGCUAAAUAUUUAAUAGCUCAAAUAUAAUGUUGUAUAUAAUCAGAAUAAUAUAUUGUAUCCGUUCGGAUUGUAGGGGACGACUGUUGUGAUAAUAAUAUAGUUUUUAUUUAAGUUAAUAUAAUAGUAAAAUCGCCGCUAGGUAAGCACAAAGACCUAUAUGUAUUCAUUAGAAUACUCGUUAUAUCAUUUGUAUAUAGUCACAACUAUAUUUUGAGAGAUAUUUCUAAGUGAUAUAUCAUAGUUCUUAUUGUGUACUCGUUAUGGACUAUGUUUCCAUUUUCAGAAUUAUUUGUGGCAUGGCCUACAAUGUUGCAAAUCUGUACGAAUUGUAAACAGAUAGAAAAGUCUUAUUCACGAUUUCUUCUUUCUUAUAAGUAUAAGUAAUAUAAAAAAAAACUCUUUUUGCUGACACCGGUCAUUAUCUUUUUGACUUUUGAAAGUUUAUUUUUUCCAUCACAAAAGACAGAAUGAAAUAAUGGUGUCGAUUCUGGCAUGAUUCUCUAAAGCUUAACUUAAAUUUGACAACAGUGUAUCCUUGUCAAUUUCUAUACAGAAUAAAAAGGACAGACUGAUGUUAUUAUAUUCAGUUUUAAGUUUAGAGAAUUCUGCCAGAAUCGACACCAAUGUCUAACCUAAAUGAAUUUUAAAAUCUACUCCUAUUAUUUUUUUAUAUAAACAAUGCUAUUUUAUUUGAAUACUCUUGUAAGUCACUUUAUUUUUGUUUAUUAGGUUAUUUAGCUAAAUCAUCAUCACAAGAAAACGCGAAUAAGACAAGUUUAAAUUUAUAAACGUUUCAGAAUCUGAUCCUUUGUCUAGGGGAGUAGAGACGUCUCAGAAAUAUGAUCGUUUGUGUAGGGGAUUAGGUGUCGAAAUACGUAGUCUUGUUAUAGAGUAGCUACUUGUUAUAAUAGACUAGAAACACCUGUUGGAACUGUAGAUGUAUUUAAGAAUACCUAUCAUAACACCAUUGGUAUGUAACGCACAAAUUGUAAUAGUUUUAAAAUGGAAACUGUUUAAUCAUCUGUACUAAUAUUAUAAAGAGGGAUCUCUGGAUCUACUGAAUUGAUAAUGAAAAUAAUUUUAACAAUAGCAAGCCACAUUAUUUAUUUUUUACCCUUUACUAGAAAUGCAACGAAUUAAUGAAUUGACUAAAUUUAAUUAGCAUUAACGUAUCCCAUAUCUGACAAUUCUUAAUCUAUGUAGUAACAAUUAUGUAUAUAUUAAAUAAAAAUAUUUUAAUUUUAAUAUAAUCAUUGAAAAUUGACAGCUAUCUGUAAAAAUUUCAUGUUUUAUUCUAGUUAUAAAAAUGAAAAAAAAAAUGUUGUUGCAUUUUGUUUUAGUUUUGUACUUCUCAAGGCAUGAUCUAAGUAUUUGUUGGACUUUGAGUUUUGGCAAUACUGACAGAUUGACUCGGAAAAAUCUAGAAAAAUAUACUACUAUCCACUUUACCAGGUGUUUAUGUUUUACGCUUUAAAUUUAAAACAACUAGCUUUCCGAACGGGAAUCAAACCCGGCCGUCCGGUGACAAAUUUGUCUAGAGUCAAGAGUCAAUGUGUAAUAUAAGUUUUUUAAACAACUUAUCGAUACAUUAGUAUUGAUUUAUUUCAGCCAAACUAACUUAAAUGCAAUUAUGUUUUUUUUAAAUGUUUCGCAUUUAUUUUGUACAUUUUUAGUUCAAAAUAAUUUGUGUAGAUCUACGAUAGUAAUGUAGACUCUCCUGCUUAGUAUAAUCUAUCGACAUGCAAAUAUAUUUUCGCCCUAUCACAAAGUGUCCACUAAAGUAAGACUUAAGUUUAAACCCCUAGUCUGUCUUCUCAUUGGCGAACAAAAGUGAAUAUUGUUAAAAAACGUAUUUUUUUAAAACUAGACUUAAAUUUAGUCAACAAUUUGUAAUAAGGUGGUUUCUUUAAUACAUAACAUUAGUUCUUCAGGGGUUUAAUCAAUGUAAGAUUAACAAGUAAUAUAUUUAAGGAUUUUUCUGUGUUCACACACAUACAUAGCUUUAGUAUGAUACGUUAUGCUAUAACUACAGCUUUGAUUGUAUACACGCCUGCCGUAUUAACUGUACGGAAAGGGCACAAAAAAUAUCUACUACAUAUGGUAGAUAAAGCUCGUCGCUACACACGCACACAUUGACUUUUUACAAAGAAUUUGACAGUAGGUUCACUCACAUAAAUUGAACCGUUUUCUUUGCGUGGUUAAUUUGGAUUGAUCUUUCUAGGCGUGUAUAUAAUCAAACGACAGUCACCUUUAAUAAAGGCUCUAACUCAAUAACGUAUUAUUAGUAAUGCUAUGUCUUAACAAUUACUCUUCUAGUAAUUAAGCACUCUUUCUUUUUGGUUUUGUUGGUUAUAUUAUGUUAUCAAUUCAGUUGUUGGACGCACUUUUAUGCUUUACAAAAUUCACAUAGAGAAAUCGAGCUUUGCAUCAAAGAUUAUGGCAGCCAUAGAGCACAUGCCUAAAGCUUCCCAUUAAGUAAGCCUAUUUAAAAAUAUAUGAAUUUACAUUUGAUAUUCUAGUUUAUAACUUCUGAUACAAACAAACCUUUUGUGUUUGUACCUUAAAGGUCAAAUGUCUUCAUGUAUUAUUCUAAAAGAAUAAAUUUGCAUUUGCAGAGAGUCCUCCAGGGGCUGACGGCAAACUUAAUCAUCGACCAUAGACAAGGAAGCUUACGCGAUAGCAAUUUUACAUAUAAAAACGUCUACUGCGCAAGUUUAUUUGUCUGUGGUAUUGCUCAAGAAGUUUGCCAGUUUGCCGCAACCUGUAACUAUCUUCAUCUGCUUUAUUAUCACAUACAUUUUGCACGCAUUUGUAUUCGUGGGAAAAUGGUUUUACGGAAUUUAGAUCUCUAGACAACUAUUUUUUCGUGCAAUAUUUUUGACGCUUAUUCUAUAUAGGGUUUAGUAUCUUUGAAGAAAAGCACUCUAUGCAGGAAAAUAGUACAUAUUUUGAAUUGAUGCUUCUAAUGAUAAAACAGACAGCUAGAGUAUAAUAUUUAAUAACCUCUUAGUUUGACUAAAGUAUAAUAAUUUUAUUUUUCAUGGGCUCAAUAUCAUUUGUUAAAAUAAAUUGUUUAUAUAUUUUUAAGGACCGUUUAUAUUACGUGAUAUCGAUAUAUUAUAAAGAUUGUCUAUAAUUAAUGAUGAUAAUGAUAUAUAAUUAUUUUCAUGCGAAUUGUAAUAUUUUUGUAUAUGAAAGAUGUAUAUUAUCUGUAAUUGUACUUAUCUUAAAUAUGUCGUGUACCUGGUUUUUGUAGAAGUACUGCCGAUAUUAUCAUCUAAAAUUGCUAUUAUGACUCUUACUGUCAAGUGGUAAGAUUUAUAAUUGACUACUCGGCCACAGAAGCAAUAUAUUAGGCAAUUAUUUUCGUAAAUCAAAUAAUUAUAAUAGAUUAACAGUGGCCGGUAAAUCGUAGUUGCUGUUCUUUAUUAGAUUAUUAAACUGGUUAUUAAACUAAAAAGCUUAACAUAUGUAUUAGGGACAUUGAAGCAUAUUGAAGCUUUGAAAUGCAUAUAAAAAAAGGUAGUUUCGUUAUUUUUAGUUAAAACACAUAUUUCUCUUAUGCGUUCUGAUUAAAUGACAAUGCAUAAAAUUAUCAAUGAUAUUAUUAUCAAUAUAACAUGCCAAUGUAUAACAUUGUACAGUCACACAGACCCUACCACACAACGAGCUAAUGAAAAUUUAAACGUUUUAUUACAAUUUGCUAACUCUCUAGAAGGCUUUGUGCAAUUAAUAAUGUACAGCUUGACAACAGAAAAUAAAAUUAAAACCAGAGACCUAAAUUGUAUAACUCUUACUUUUCCAAAUGAAAAUGUAAAUGUGACAUAACUAAUCUCAUUCCCAAAAGUUAAACAAGUUGGGUUUUUGGCUUGAGGGCUCCUGAAUCGCAUUUUAGUAAAUCACAAAGUAUUAUCAAUGUUAUAUUGUCAAUUAGCUCCAUUCAAAUUCCGCAAUAUCGUGAGUUUUUUUUUGAUAUUUUUCUGAUCGGGCUAAACAAUGCAUACGUGACGCUGUCACAUUAUUUAAUGUAGUUUGCUAAAAUAAAAACAGUUUUUUGACGCAGACCUUAGUCUACAGAUAUAAGUUAUAAUGAUAUUACAACUAGGUAGAAUACAUAUGAAAUUGUGCCAAAUAUUAGUACUUAAGUAGAAUUACUGGAGCUUUAUUUAUGUGGCGUAAGUUGACUAUCACAUUGUUCACUCUCCGAAUGUAGCAGGAUUAUGGAAUAUAUUGUAUUUCCUGAAAUAAAGUUUAAUGUUUCUAAAAAAGGUCUUUCUUUCUUAAUCUUUAGCUGUGCAACGAAAUAGUUG